GCAUACGAAUAAAUUAUUGUUAAUUUGUCACGAAAUGUAAGAUUACAUGAGUCAUUUUACAGUUUGAAGGUAUAUUUUAAUGCCUGCACAUAUACUGAUGACGUUCUCAGAUAUCCGGUUAGUUGGAAAGUAAAUAAUUGGAUCAAGAAUGAAUACAAGAACACUCUUAAGUAGAGCCUCACGUGUGUGCAGACAAAUCCGUCUUCCUCCAUCAGUCAUUUCAAGGUCGCUGAAAGUAUGCCAGAGGUCUCCAUUAACUGCUCGACCAACACCUGUGCAACCUUUCUACACACCAUGUCGGAGUAUGGCAGAGAAGGGAGACGGCAUGGUUAUCAAUAUCCAAGAUGAAGCAGACUUUGAGAACAGAGUGUUAAAAAGUGUGAAACCUGUGGUGGUAGACUUUCAUGCAACGUGGUGUGGCCCAUGCAAGGUGCUGGGUCCACGCCUGGAAUCUCUCAUUGGCAGCAAGGGAGGCAAGGUGAUCCUAGCUAAGGUGGAUGUAGAUGACCACAUGGAGCUGGCCACUAGAUACAAGAUUAAUUCAGUGCCUACAGUUAUUGGAUUCAAGAACAAGGUUUCUGUGGACAAGUUUGUAGGUGUUCAGGACGAUGUUAAAAUAGACACAUUUCUUGAGAAGCUGAUCGGAUGACACCUAAAGCCUUUAAUAUUGUUUAUGUUGUUUUAUAGCCAAACCAUUCUUACAAUUUAAAGUCCUGUCACAUUGAUUUGUAGAAAUACUCUACAACAAAAAGUUUGGGAUAUUUUUGUGAUGGUUUUCUAAUAUGGAAUAAAGAUUCAUUAAAACACAA